AUGAAGAGACUAUUCUUUUUCAAAUCUUCUGCGUCCAGCAGUGGAAGUAACAACAGUGCAGCGCCACCAAAAUCAACAACUAAGCAAAAGGCAUGGGAUAGUUUUUCAGAGAUUGGUGUGAACAAUCAGGAUUAUGGUAAAGCUGAGGAUUAUUUCCAGAACCCCAAGGGCUUGUUCUCCAAAUCUCGAAAACAUAUUUCUGAUAAUCAGAGUUCUUGUGGUGGGCCAGAUCUUAGAAGGAGCAGGUCAUUGUCAUCAUGUGCUUGCCAGUUCAGAGAUCCAACCAGGUCUCCUUCAAGUAGCAUUGUUAGUGAUCCAUAUAAUCAAAUUGAGCAUUCAUCUCGUUGUCAGGCUCCUAACUAUGAGAAACAAAAGCGGGACAAGCCAACUCAAGUUGCAGUGUCUUCUGUCCAAAAUUCACACAGAUAUGAGAGACCUAGGUCUACUAGUUCUUCAAGAUCUCAUCAUGAGUCAUCUGGGAACUCAUCCACUUGUUCCAGCAACAUUACAAGUAAGGUUGUGGAUCGUUACAUUGAUGGAGAACAGCAUCCAGAGGAAAGUAGACCCAUGAACAACUCACAGAGAAAUAAUAGUAGACAUGGGAGCUAUGGUGUUAAGCUUCCUCCAAAAGUUCAGCUUACAGCACCUAAUUCACCGACUCAUGAAGUCACAGAUAAACCAAGGGUUCAUUCAUUUAGAGAAGCUAAAGUUACCCGUCUUCGGUUCUCAUCCCGAGAUUGGUCAGAAAAUGGUGUUGGACCAGCAUCUCCGAGGAGUCUUGCAAAGAAUGUGAUUGAGAGACUUUCUCAGUCUUGUGAUCUAUCCAAGACGUGUUCACAGAAUGUUAACGUUGAAAAUCCAAUCACAAUUGAAGAUAUCUAUUCUAGAUCUGUGAAUGGACACUAUGACUCUGAUUUCGAUUAUGCUCAGCCUAAAAAUGAUUUGUUGGAUGAACCCUACAGAUUGGCAAAUGGCAAUCAUGGCAAUUUAGAGGGUUUAAGCUGUGAUGAAUCGGAAGAGGAUGCGGACGCAGAACUAAUAAGAAAAUCAAAGGAGGCUGAGGAGAGGGUUAUUAUUUUUUCAAAGAAACUGGAACGAGAAAGCUUUUUUCCUGAUGGUGGUUAUGAUGUGUCAGCACUGAUUCAGACAAUCAGACGCCUACUAGAGGAGAAAAUAAGCUUGGCUGUAGAAGUUUCAACCCAUCUAAGGUCUCAAAUUUCUGACAGAAUCUUUGCCAGGGAAGAACUUAGCCGUGUAAAGACAGACCUGGAGUAUCGGACACAAAGACUAGAAAAAGAAAAGAAUGAGAUGCAGUCAGCAUUGGAGAAGGAAUUGGACAGGAGGUCAGAUGACUGGUCAUUUAAAGUAGAAAAAUACCAGUUAGAAGAGCAAAGGCUUCGAGAACGAGUUAGAGAGCUUGCGGAGCAGAAUGUAUCACUUCAAAGGGAGGUCUCCUCUUUAAGUGAGAGAGAAAUGGAAAGCAAAAGUGUGAUGGCAUAUACUGACCAACAACUCAAGGGAUUGACAGACAAGUCAGAGAUAAUGAAAAAGGAGAUUCUGGAUUUGCAGCAAAAUCUCUUGGAACUACAAGAGAAAUAUAAGGUAGCAGAAGAAAAUAGGGAUUGUAUCCUAAGAAAUUUUGAAGAGAAGGAGAAGGAGUGCAAGGAGUUACACAAGUCCCUGACAAGGUUAUUAAGAACUUGCAGUGAGCAAGAAAAGACAAUAACUGGAUUACAAGAUGGGUUUAGCGAGGAGCUUCAUAAAAACCAGCCCAUGGAGAGUGUAGACAAGCACACUGCAAAAAUGCGAAUGGAGCAAAUGAGAUUGACAGGAGUGGAACUAGCCUUGAGAAAGGAGUUGGAGUCUUGCAGGUUUGAGGCAGAUUCUCUUCGCCAUGAGAAUAUAAUACUCUUAAACCGGUUGAAAGGUGACAGGAAAGAAUGUGUUGCUGCUACUUUUAGACUAGAUAAAGAACUAUGGGCCCGCAUCUACUGCCUUCAGAAUGAAGGCCUAACAAUGCUAAAUGAAAGCUCAUACUUGUGUUCGAGGUUACUGGAAUUUGUUAAAGGGAAAGGAAGCCGUCUCCGUCAAAAUGUCCAGUUGGAUCUUGGAGCGAUUGGAAAUGGUUUAGAUGGGCAAUUUAUUGUCGAAUCUGAAACUAAAAUUCAGGGACUCAGAAGUGGUACUGAGGGUUUAACAAGGAGUUUACAGAUGAUGUCUUCUUUGUUGAAAGAUAAGUCAAAUCCGUUGACUUCUAAAUUUCAAUCAGAGUGUAUAGACGCUGCUAAAUUAGCUACACUGAAUGAUCAAUCAUCCGAGGAUAUUUUAAGAACUGAACUUAAAGCAGAAUGUUUGGUGACAAGUUUAUUAAGAGAGAAGCUAUACUCUAAAGAGCUCCAAGCUGAGCAGAUGGAAGCUGAACUUGCUACAGCAGUAAGAGGAAACGACAUACUUAGAUGUGAGGUGCAAAAUGCCUUGGAUAAUCUUUCAAGUGUAACCCACAAGUUGAAGGACCUUGAACUUCAGAUGUUGAAGAAAGAUGAGAGUAGAAAUUGCCUUCAAAAUGAUCUGCAAGAAUCUAACAGGGAAUUGACAAUCAUGAGGGGAAAAUUGCCCAAAGUGACAGAGGAGAGAGAUUAUAUGUGGGAGCAAGUGAAGCAAUAUAAUGAGCAGAAUAUGCUGUUGAACGCAGAGGUCAAUGUAUUGAAGAAGAAGAUAGAGACACUUGAAGAAAACAACCUCGAGAAGGAAGGUCAAAUAUCCAUCUUGCAAGACUCCCUUGCCAAAAGAUCCUUUGAUGGUCUCCUUGGGAGUCCUGAGCAUAAAUUUUUCGGUACAAAAAUACUAUAA